AUGACGAAACUCUUCACCCCUCUUCACGUCGGCCGUGUGGACCUCUCCAACCGCAUUGCCCUGGCCCCAUUGACACGAUUCCGCGCCGACGAUGACCACGUCCCCCUCCCCUUCGUCAAGGACUACUACGCCCAGCGCGGCUCAGUGCCCGGCACACUCCUGAUCUCCGAAGCGACCAUCAUCACCCCCCGCGCCGGUGGCCUCCCCAAUGUCCCCGGUAUCUACAAUGACGCCCAGAUCGCCGCCUGGAAAGAAGUCACCGACGCCGUCCACGCCAAGGGCAGCUACAUCUACAUGCAACUGUGGGCCCACGGCCGCGUCGGCAUCCCGGACAUCCUCAAAGCCAGCGGCAACGAGCUCGUCUCCAGCAGCCCCACCCCCGUCAGCGAGGAAGCGCAGACACCGCGUGCGCUCUCGGAGUCCGAGAUCCACGAGUGGAUCGCCGACUAUGCCCAGGCUGCGCGUAACGCCAUCACCGCCGGCUUUGACGGUGUCGAAAUCCACGGCGCAAACGGCUACCUGAUUGACCAGUUCACUCAGGAUACCUGCAACAAGCGCACAGAUGCAUGGGGCGGCAGCGUCGAGCGCCGCGGCAAGUUCGCCGUCGAAGUCACCCGCGCCGUGGUCGAGGCCAUUGGCGCCGACCGCACUGGUAUCCGUCUCAGCCCUUGGAGUACCUUCCAGGGUAUGCGGAUGAGCGACCCCAAGCCUCAGUUCGAGUACCUGGCUACGCAGAUGGCGGCCUUCAAGCUGGCCUACGUGCACGCGGUCGAGUCUCGCAUUGCGGGUAAUGCCGAUGUGGAGGCCACUGACCAGUUGGACUUCUUCUUCCAGGCGUAUGGCAAGGCGUCGCCUGUGAUUGUUGCGGGUGGGUACAAGGCCGACUCGGCUAAGCAGGCUGCGGAUGUCAAGUAUGCGGAUUAUGAUGUGAUUAUUGCGUUUGGACGGCCUUUCAUUUCGAACCCGGACUUGCCUUUCCGGGUUAAGGAGGGUAUUCCCCUUGUGCCUUAUAACCGGGAUACUUUCUAUGUUCCUAAGGAUCCUAAGGGAUACACGGACUUUGAGUUCAGUGCUGAGUUCCAGAAGUCGAUUGAGGCUGCUGCUUAG